CCUUCGUCGAUUUGUUCCUGGAAAUCCAAUGGGAGAAAAUUGAAUUAAUUGUUUUCUUCAAUUUCUGAUUGUUUACAUUUGAAAAAAGAGGAAAACAUAUGAUUUCGGAUCACAUGUUUACUAUUACAAUUUCUUGGUUUCUUGUGUUUACUUUUUGUAGUUGUUCAAUUUUGUUGUUUUUAUGUUAAAAUUGUAUUAAUUUUAUCAUUUAAUUGUUAGUUUGGUCUUUCCAGUGAUAACCAAACUAUUUUGUAAAAACUGAUUCUUAUUUUUGUUGUUGAGAUGAACUGCUGAUUUAGAUGAACUAAAUUGUGAUACUGGUUUUCUAAGAAUUUAAUUAUGACAAUUACUAAAUUAUCCAGAUCAAGAUUAUCGUUUCUUCCUGGACAUUUGUUAUUAAGAACUUUAAAGACUAAUGUUGAUUAUCGUGAUAAAGUAUUUAGUUCAUCGGUUAUCAUUUCUACAAAUGAUAACAUUUACCAGAAUUUAGCUUUAGAGGAUUGGCUUUACACUGGAUAUGGUAAAUUGAAACAAUCAACUAAUUGGUAUCAUUUGUUGCUCUGGUUUAAUCAACCUUGUGUCGUAAUUGGUAGACAUCAAAAUCCAUGGAAUGAGAUUCAUGUUAAUCAAUGUUCAAAGCUUAAUUUACCAAUUGCCCGGCGGAACAGUGGAGGUGGAACUGUUGUCCAUGAUCUGGGUAACCUUAAUCUUUGUUUUCUUUCUGAUAAAAAAUCUUACAAUCGCCAGCAAAACAAUCAACUAAUCAUCCGAACCUUGGAUAAAUAUUAUGGAAUCAAAUGUGAAAUAUCAACGGAAAAUCUAAUCACUUCUAAUGGAGGAUUCAAAGUAUCAGGAACAGCGUCUAAAUUAAGCUCAACCUCAGCUUAUCAUCAUUGUACUUUAAUGGUUAAUGUUGAUUUAUCUUUAAUGGUUAAAGUGACCAAAACUGAUUGUCCACUAAUUGAAAAUAAAGCAACACCAAGUGUUCAUGCAUCGGUGGAAAAUUUAUCGUCUCUGAACUCAACAAUCAACAUGGAUAAUUUAAUUGGUAACAUUUCCACUGAAUUUAUCAAUGAAUUUGGUGAUCAUGGAAUCAUUCAUGUUAAUCCUGAUGAGAAACAAUUUGAUUCCAUUGGUGAAAUUUAUGAUAAUUUAAUCGAUUGGAAAUGGAUUUUUGGUAAAACACCGAAAUUCGAAGUCAAAGGUCAAUCAAUCGAUGGAAUUUCUUGUAAAUUAACAGUUAAUCAUGGAAUCAUCGACAAUGUUGAAACUGUCCCACCAAUGAACUUUUCAUUGCUCGAAGGAAUCAGAUUUGUAAAGGAAGAUGUUGUUUCUCAAUUUAUUUGUAAUGAAACAAAUUCUGAAUCAAAUUAUUCAGCUGCCAAAUCUUUGAUAAUCGAGUUGAUAGAUCAAGUUUAUUCUUGAAAUUUGAUUAAAAUGGUGUCAUUAA